GAAGACUUCCGGGGCGGGCCGGGGGUGGGGUGCGGAGCAACGCGGGCUGGCGGCGCGGGGUGUCCGGGCUCCUCCGGCUGAAUCCCGCUCCCGGGGAUUUCCCCCUCCCCCCGCACCCCCCAUUCCUGCUCGAGUUCUCCCAGUGCUUUCUUCAUUGAAGAACUGCACUCACCCAGCGCCUGAGCGGGGACCGUUGCCUGUACUCCCGGCGUCUCCCCCCAGACAACAUGAGGCUCCUUACUGUCCUUCCCUUCGCCACUGUUGAUGCCUCCCAGGAAGAAAGGCAAACGCCAACCCCGGAAAGCGCAGCUGGCCUUUCGAGAGGGGCCCCUGGAGGGACCCAAGCAUCCCUACGGAUCUCCGCAGGCGGCGGCAGCCCUCCCGCGCUGUGCUCCCGUCAAACCCCUGGACCACAGGACCGUCACUUCUUGGGUGUCUCCUCAGUUUGAGAAUACAGGAGGCUGGUUGCCACUCUACCAAAAGCAACAUCAGGUGCCUUACAAUCUUCGGAAUCUGGCAAAAGGUUCAAGUCGAAAAGCGACCAAGCAUAGGUUUCCACCUCUGUCCUUUGAGAGUUCAGUGGCUUCUUCCAGUGAAACUGCUUCGGACAAUCUCUUAGUUAUGGAAUGCCCUAUGCAGUGUCCAAAGGAUACUUUCAGAAGGCCCUUGAUCCCUAUAUUCAGUCCUCAAAGCUGUGGAGAAUUGUCCUCUCAUGACUUUCAAAAUUCAGAUUACAUGGUUAUCCCACCUGAUAUCCAGACCCCAGAACAGUCCCCUGUGAAGGACAGUGGGCAUAUUCCCACAGACCAUAGGCAGCAUGUGAAAAGAAGCUGCCCCCUCCUAACGGAUCCUCCCAAGAGUCCAGACCCUGGACCUGUGCUGGUUGCAGACACACCAGAGGAAAAAUAUGGGCUGAAGGUAACUUGGAGACGGCGACACCAACUUCUUUGUUAUCUCAGGGAGAAGGGGAAAUUGAACAUGAGCCAAUGUCUUGUGAAGAUAUGAGUGGAACCUUGAAACACCGAUGGUCUCUUUUUACCAAUAACUUGGAUCCAGAAGAGCAGAAAUUUACAUUGCCCCACAGAUGCUUUUUAAUAGUGCUGCUGAGUCUAGUUUUUGGCCUUUGAAGAGUUCAAAUCAACAGUCUCAGAUAUCAUUAGGAUCUUUGUGGUCCUUCUUGUUAAUUAACAUAAGCCCCAGAAUCCUCAUGUGAACUAAAGCUAAAUGUUUUGGUAUUGCGGUUAGUGGCAUAGCAUACACUGAUCUUUUUUUUUCUUCUUCCAUUUAUCUAGUUUAAAGGUAAUUCAUAGUAGUUAGAGGGAAAAUGGUCACAUGAUAUUUUCAACAAAUUGCAAAUAAGGCCUUAAGGGUGGAAGAUAGCUUUUAGAAAAUAUUAAAAACGUUUACAAAUAAAUGCUGAAAACUAUCA